ACAAACAAGACACUUGGAAGCAAGCAAUCGCCGCCAAUCACAUCGCUAUCGCUUCUCCCUACACCCACCACAUACACCACAUUCACAAUGGCAGACAGAUUUCCUUCAUUAGACGAGAUUGACGCUGGCCAGACCGAAGCGCGCGGUGAUUCAGCAGCCUUCGACCUUGUAGGCGACACUGCCGGCGCCGAUGACUUUCUUUCACGCGAGCGCGCUCUCCUUGGCGACGAUGCCGACCAGUUUGCUUCAGAAAACGACCGGACAGCCACCGUUGAGGAUGGAGACGACGACCUCUUGGGCGGGGGCUUCAGCCAGGCCCAGGCUGGUGGUGAGGAAAUGAGCGGCUUCGAGAGCUCCUUCCCUGCCAUUGACACUACCAACGAGCACAUGGCCCCUGGUGGCACCAUUACUGGAUCAAGCCUGCCAUUUCUUCCUGGCCAGCCAGCUCCAUCAUUCACUCCCCAGCGAUCAGACUCCCCAGAGCCCGAUGUCAUUCGAGAGUGGCGCGAGCGCCGCGACCUCCAGAUCCAGCACCGCGACGAAGUAGCCGAAGAGCGCAAGCAGAGCACCAUCAAGGAGGCACAGCAAAAUAUUGACGACUUCUACGAGAACUACAACAACAAGAAGGAGAAGGAGAUUGCUAAGACACGGAAAGAGGCGGAAGAGUUCCUUGCAAACCGAGACGACACCACCGCGGGCGGAACCAGCUGGGAGCGCAUUGCGAAGCUGGUCGACUUGAGUGGAAAAGGCACAAAGGGCGGUGCAUCGGGCAGCGACAAGGCACGGUUCAGGGAGCUGCUCCUCAGCCUGAAGAAGGACGAGAAAGCACCUGGCGCAACCGGAUAUUAGGUGACGAAAACAGCUGGGUCGUGAUAUUUUCGGAGCUCAGGGUAUGAUUUUGGAAAAUGCGAUCAUUUCCGAGUGUAGCCAGGAGUUCAUGGAGGGGCUGCCAAUUAUUUGCUACGGCUGUGUUAAUAUCUAUUCUCAGAGUUCUGACGAGUGCUUUUAUGCUCGGCCUAUACCAGCAAAUGCAAGAGCGAGGUCUGUUCGACAGUGGCUCUGGACCACACCUACA